GCAAAGCUAAACAAAUUUUGUGAUGGCAGAAUCUGCAUAAAAACCUUCAUCGAGAUUAUCCUCGCAGUAGCUAUGUCGGCCUUAUCGAGAGGCCUCAUUUCUCGGCUCCACCAUCUGCUCUCAGUAACUCCCAGAGUUUCUUUAGCUCCCGGACUAGCGCAGACGCCGCUAACUUUUCAGUUCUUGAGGAGAUUCAGCAGUGAAGCUUUUGUUGAUGACUCCGAGACCGUCUACGAAGCCACCCGAAUCAUUGAAGCGAAGCCGGGUGUCAUGACUCCUAACUCCAAGCGAACUGGGGUCAUUGCUGUUAAAUGUGGAAUGACUGCUCUCUGGGACAAAUGGGGUGCUAGGGUCCCUAUCAGUAUUCUCUGGGUCGAUGAUAAUAUUGUUUCCCAGGUCAAGACUGUGGAGAAAGAAGGAAUCUUUGCUCUACAGAUUGGUUGCGGGCAGAAGAAGGCAAAGCAUUUGACCAAACCUGAAGUAGGCCAUUUUAGAGCACAAGGUGUUCCCUUGAAGAGGAAACUGAGGGAGUUCCCUGUCACAGAAGAUGCGCUCCUUCCAGUUGGCAUGUCCAUUGGUGUUCGCCAUUUUGUUCCAGGCCAGUAUGUCGAUGUCACAGGAAUCACAAGAGGGAAAGGUUUUCAGGGUGGAAUGAAAAGAUGGGGAUUUAAAGGAGGGCCAGCAUCUCAUGGUAAUUCAUUAGCACACAGAGCGAUUGGGUCUACUGGUCAGAGGGAUGCUCCUGGAAAGGUAUUCAAAGGAAAAAAGAUGCCGGGGCGCAUGGGUGGGAAGCAGAGAACGGUAAAAAAUGUAUGGAUCUACAAGAUAGAUCCGGCAAGGAAUUUGAUGUGGGUGAGAGGCCAGGUCCCAGGUGCAGAAGGGAACUUUGUAUUCAUAAGAGAUGCGUUUUAUAAGAAACCUGAUAUUUCACAACUUCCAUUUCCAACUUACUUUGCCCCAGAAGAUGAGGACCCAUUGGAGUUAGAACCUCUGGUUGCUGAUCUUGGAGAAGUAGAUCCAUUCAUGGUGGCAGACUGAUCAAGGGUUAAACUUAAACUCCCAAUUUAAGCCGGUUUUUUGUUUCAUUUGAUCAAUUUCCCAGCAGUAACCCCUUUCAUUGUAUACCGAAUAGCAAAGAGUGAAUUUUUAGUUAGACACAUUUCUGCAGGUCGAAGGCGUGUAAUUUGAUAAUUGUGCUGAGUUUGAUGUAUGAAUCUAAAGCACACCAUUUUUUGUCUUUCCAAAUAAGGAGAACUCAAAAUU